GACUCUAGGGGCCUGCAGGAGAUAAUGUCAACGACGAAGAAGAAGGCGACGACGAAGGAGGAAGAGGAAGAUCAGAAGGAGGGAGAGGGGUUGUCUGGUGGUGGUGGUCAUCAGUGGGGGGAUGAAGAGGCGUGGGGAGAGGGUGAUAGGGCGUGGUUUGACACCUCUAGUACCCCCCACGCCCACCUGGUGUUGAGGGAGGUCCGUGGACGUGAUGAGGGUACCUAUACUUGUAAGGUACACUUCAGGUCCUCUCCUUCAUGGUCUCAGAGAAUCACCCUCACGGUACAAGAUCCUGCAAGAUAUCCUAGGAUCCAGGAUGAGGUUGGAAGACGCCUGGAAGGACCCGUUGGCCCCUAUAAGGAUGGUGCUACAGUGAGGAUGGUGUGUCUUGCUGCCGGAGAGCCGCCCCCUGGCCUGGUAUGGGGCGGUGUGGGCGUGUCUGUGGGCGGGGCGUCACCAGUGGAGCGUGUGGGGGGCGUGGCCAAGACCCACCUGCAAUUAGUGGCGUCCCGGACAACAGCUGGCGCUACUGUUACCUGCUCCACCACUACCUCCCUCUCUCCCUCAAUCACCACCACUACCCUUCUCUCUCCCUCAGUCUCCAACAGUACCCUUCUCUCUCCCUCAGUCUCCAACA